AUGGAUUCCAACCUCGCCGUGCUCCUCGCCAUCGUCGUCGCCGUCGUCUGCGUCGCGCGCACCACGCCACCGGCGUUCGCGCAGACGGUGCAGGUGUGGUCGGAGUGCUCGCCGCAGAACUACACCGCCGGGAGCGCCUACGGCACGAGCCUCCGCGGCGUGCUGAAGGACGUCGUCGACGCCGCGGUGUCCGGCGGUGGAUACGCGGUGGCCAACGACGCCGGCGGCGCCGCGCACGGCCUCGCCAUCUGCUACGCCGACGCGCCGCCGGAGGUGUGCCGGCUCUGCCUGGCCAUGGCGGCGGGCAACCUGUCGCUCGCCUGCCCGCGCGCCGUGGGCGGCGCCAUGCUGUACAACAACUGCCUGCUCCGGUACGCCGGCGGCGCGCCGUUCCUGGCGCGGCCGGACAUGGCCCAGGAGUUCUCGUUCUACAACCCCAACAUGACGAGCGCCGGCGACGCCGCCCAGUUCGGCGCCGCGCUCAGCCGGCUCAUGGACCGCCUCGCGCUCGCCGCCGCGUCGUCGUCGUCGUCUUCCCGUGGCCGGCGGUUCGCGUUCGGGCAGACGAACAUCACCGGCGACGGCGGCGACAGCCUCUACGCGUUCGUGCAGUGCGUCGACGACCUCUCGCCGGACGACUGCCGCCGCUGCCUCCAGAGCAUCGCGGCGUCGCUGCCCAUGACGAGAGGAGGGCGUGCCUACUCGCUGACGUGCUACACGCGGUUCGAGGUGGUGCCGUUCUACAGGCCACCGACCGCGACGAACCUCGUGGUGGUGGCGUCGACGGCGCCGGCGCCGGAAUCGGCUUUGCUCCCCACGGAAUCAAGAGUUUCAACUGUUGCAGCCAGUCUCUUGGUCAUAUCUUGCUUCAUUGUUGUGAAAAUUCGUAAGAGUGGAAAAUUUCAGUUGAGGAUCAUUGGAAAGAACUCCAAUCCUAAGGAAAAUAUUGAAGAGCUACUUGAUAACUAUGGUUCACUAGCGCCCAAGAGAUACAAGUACUCACAACUAAAGGAUAUGACGGGAUCUUUCAGUGAGAAGCUAGGAGAAGGUGGCUAUGGAAUGGUAUACAAAGGUACUUCACCUGAUGGCCACUCUGUUGCUGUGAAAUUUCUCCAUGAUUUGACAAGGAAUGGAGAAGAAUUUGUAAAUGAGGUUAUCAGCAUUAGAAGGACUUCCCAUGUUAAUGUGGUUACACUUGUUGGUUUUUGUUUGGAGGGAUCCAAACGAGCUCUUAUCUAUGAAUACAUGCCUAAUGGAUCAUUGGAAAAAUUCAUUUAUGCUGAAAAUUCAAAAACAACACUAGGAUGGGACAAACUUUAUGAUAUAGCAGUGGGCAUUGCCAGAGGCUUGGAGUAUUUGCACCGAGGUUGUAAUACACGCAUCAUACACUUUGACAUCAAACCUCACAAUAUCCUACUUGACCAUGAUUUUGUCCCAAAAAUUGCCGACUUUGGCUUGGCUAAGUUAUGCAAUCCGAAGGAAAGCUACCUUUCAAUGGCCGGUAUGCGAGGAACAAUUGGGUUUAUUGCACCAGAAGUAUUUUCAAGAAGAUUUGGAGUUGUUUCAACUAAGUCAGAUGUCUAUAGCUAUGGAAUGAUGCUUCUUGAGAUGGUCGGGGGAAGGAAGAACUUGAAAGCAAGCGUUGAUAACCCAAGCGAGAUGUAUUUUCCGGACUGGAUUUAUAGGUGUUUGGCAGAUGUUGGAAGCUUGCACUCGUUUGACAUGGAACAUGAAACUGAGGAGAUUGCAAGAAAAAUGGCCUCAAUUGGCCUGUGGUGCAUACAAGUAUCACCUAGCUCUCGCCCUACGAUGAGCAAGGUUUUGGAGAUGUUUGAAAGAAGUGCUGAUGAACUUGAGAUACCACCAAAACAUUGUUUUUACUCAGCCAUACAGUAA